AUGUGGUUUUCGACUAAACCAACCUGGGGAGAUUCUGACUUUGAGGGGCCCAGGCCGGCGGCCAUUCGCGUCUCCUUACUGCCCAUUCUGCAUUAUAGGUACGAUCUAGCCUGGUGGGCUGUGCCAUCCUUGUGCCUCGAGGGAACCUUGAACGUGGUUUGUGUGUGCUUGCCUGCAAUGUGCCAGUCUUUCAAGAACAGAAAGCAGACGGCUUCCCGAUUAUCACGUCAAAUCACAAACUCUGGACCGCCGAGCCAAACCUCUUUACGCCCAAAAGACAUCGAAUUAGGCUUGAUAACAACCGAAUCGAAUGUGAGCAAGCCUUUACGACGUAUGUCGUGGCAUUCUUUGGACUGUUACGACCACAGGAGCAAUUCCAGGGUUAACUGGUUGACCACUGGUUAA